AUGCCAAGGUUCAGAUUCCCAAAACUCGCUCUGCCGAAUCCCGGCUUGGAAGAUAGAAUUCCUUCCUAUGAAGAGCUUGAGAGGAGAGAAAUUGAAGAGGUGGAUGAUCGACCCAAAUGGGACAACAAAGCUCAGUACUUGCUGACUUGUGUUGGUUUUUGUGUGGGAUUAGGAAACGUGUGGCGUUUCCCCUAUCUCUGUCAAAGCCAUGGAGGAGGUGCAUUCAUGAUUCCAUUCCUCAUCCUCUUGGUGCUGGAGGGCAUCCCACUGUUGCAUCUGGAGUUUGCCAUUGGACAACGACUGCGGAGAGGCAGCGUGGGUGUCUGGAGUUCUAUCCAUCCUUACUUGAAAGGAGUGGGUGUCGCGUCAAUGCUGGUUUCAUUCCUGGUGGGUUUAUAUUACAACAGCAUAAUAGCAUUGGUUAUGUGGUACAUCUUUAAUUCAUUCCAAGAGCCAUUACCUUGGAAAAGCUGCCCACUUGCACCCAACGGUACAGGAUAUGUGGAUGAAUGUGUCAGGAGCUCUCCAGUAGAUUAUUAUUGGUACAGAGAAACAUUAAAUAUUUCCACCGGUAUCAAUGAUUCAGGAACCAUCCAGUGGUGGCUGCUACUCAGUCUUAUUUGUGCAUGGGCGGUGCUGUAUGUAUGCACAAUUAGAGGCAUUGAAACAACUGGCAAGGCCGUAUACGUUACUUCUACCAUGCCUUAUCUGAUACUUACAAUCUUUUUGAUACGAGGCCUGACAUUAAAAGGAUCUGUAGAUGGCAUCAAAUUUCUCUUUACACCAAAUAUGACAGAACUGGCAAAUCCAACCACCUGGUUGGAUGCUGGAGCCCAAGUAUUCUAUUCCUUCUCCUUAGCUUUUGGUGGACUGAUAUCGUUUUCCAGCUAUAAUUCUGUUCACAACAAUUGUGAGCAAGAUGCAGUACUAAUCUCCAUCAUUAAUGGUUUCACAUCGGUAUAUGCAGCCACAGUAAUAUAUUCCAUUAUUGGCUUUCGAGCAACAGAACAAUUUGAUGCCUGUUUUGACAAAAAUAUCAUGAGUUUGACCAAUGCUUUCGAAAUACCAGACAAAUAUUUGACCCAAGAGAACUAUGCAGACGUAUUUCAGCAUUUAAACAGUACCUACCCAAUAAGAGUAGAUGAGCUGAAUUUGAAACAUUGUGACCUGCAGGAAGUGCUGCGUCAGGGGGUCGAAGGCACGGGAUUGGCCUUUAUCGUUUUUACUGAAGCUAUUACAAAAAUGCCUGCCUCUUUCAUUUGGUCCAUCGCGUUCUUUCUUAUGUUAUUUUGUCUUGGCCUUUCGUCAAUGUUUGGGAACAUAGAAGGUGUGUUGGUUCCAUUGUAUGAUUUACGCAUCUUGCCAAAGAAGUGGCCCAAGGAACUUGUAACUGGCCUGGUUUGUCUGGUGAGCUUCUUACUUGCAUUCAUAUUUAUCUUAAAUUCUGGCAACUAUUGGCUGGCUCUGUUUGAUACCUAUGCGGGUUCCAUCCCUCUACUGAUUAUCGCUUUCUGUGAGAUGGUGGGUGUUGUCUACGUUUAUGGCAUCGACAGAUUCAACAACGAUAUUGAAUGGAUGAUUGGUCAUAAGCCAAAUAUCUUCUGGCAAGUUACUUGGAGAUAUAUCAGCCCCCUCAUAAUGCUGGUUAUAUUCUGUUUUUAUUUUGUAAUAAAAGUGACUGAGAAUCUAACAUACAUCACUUGGGAUCCAUCUUAUGAAAAUUUCCCACAGCUUUCUGUGGUGGAAUAUCCUAGUUGGGUGAGUGUGAUCAUUCUACUUCUGGCUGGAGUGCCCAGUUUAUGCAUACCCGGUGUCGCAAUCUACAUGUUCAUCAGAAACAAAUGCAGGAAGAAAGAUGAUAAGAAAGGCCUCGUCCAGUCUACAUCUGUUGUCUCAGUGAAUGGAAUAGUGAAUAAUGAUGCAUAA